ACACUCUGCAAUCCUGCGUUUGGCUACCAGAUUGCUUCACAAAUUCACUUUAAUAUAUGUUUGGAUGAACCAAGACGUCUCUGCUGUCUGAAGUUCCUGGCUGUGUGUUCAGAUGUGCAGGUGAUAGUGAGGGCAGAAGAUGGACCUUACAGAACAAAGAUGAAAAUAAAUGUAAGACAAGCUUGUAAAAUUAAUGAAAGCAAAAUACUUUGACAUUGUCACUAAAAGGAGUGAGCUUAUGGAUGAGAAAGAGGUGAAACAAUUCUCAAAGCCUUGGACGAGAUCACUGUGACAGGAAGUGCACUUUAGAAUCUUUUUUUUCUGCGACAACCAAUCAGAUGCAUUUGCCAGUGUGUCAAAGAGGGUCUUGGCCAAGUUAUAUCUCCUCCUACACUCAUUUAAACAGCAACAAGGUCCCUGACAGGAGACAAUGUCAAGAUGAUCGUGUUGUGGAUUAUACUGCUUGUUCUCCAUCAAGGAAAUACACUCACUCCAGUGAUUCGAGUUGAACUUGGUGAAUCUACAACCUUAACAUGUGCUCUGUUUAAUACUGAUAUCAGCAAUGGAGAAGUUCACUGGUACAAGCAGAGUGUUGGAGAUAAUCUGAAACUAAUUGUGAUUCUGCGGAAACAUGCAAAACCUCAGUUUGAACCAGAGUUUUCAAACUCAGGAUGGCAAGUUAAUAAUGAUGACAGUUUUAGCAACCUGACUAUUUUGAAAACAAUCCAAAAAGACGAGGGAAUCUAUCACUGUGCAGUCGUUGCAUUCUAUGGCACAGCGUCUAAAUGGAGUGGGACAUAUUUGAUAGUACAAGGAGACAAUCAGAAGACAUCAGACUACACUGUUGUUCAGUCCACAGCAUCACAUUCAGUCCAUCCAGGAGAAUCACAGACUCUCCAGUGUUCAGUCUUCUCUGACUCUGACAAGAAAACAUGUUCAGGAGAUCUGAGUGUGUUCUGGUUCAGACCUGGAUCAGAUAAAUCUCAUCCAGACAUCAUCUACACUGAUGGAAACAGACCUGAUGAAUGUGAGAAGAGAUCUGACACUCAGAAGAGCUGUGUUUAUCGCUUCUCUAAGACCUUCAGCUCCUCUGAUGCUGGGACUUACUACUGUGCUGUGGCCACAUGUGGACAGAUACUGUUUGGAAAUGGAAAUACUCUGGAUAAUGAAACUCUUUCACAAACAACACGAUCUGAAAUGAUUGCUCUGGUGGUAGCAAUAAUCUGCUUGGCCAUUUCUGUGAUUAUAAAUAUUGUUUUUAUCUGUUACCGAAGACAGAGAGCAGCACAAGAACAAUUCACAGGAAUAGAAUUCACUUCAUCACAAACAAGACGGGACAGCUUGAGGCAACCAGUGGUUGAUUCUACUGAAGGUGGACAUGAUCUGAACUACGCUGCGCUGCAUUUCUCUGGAAAGAAAGCUACACGAGGAACGAAGAAGACGGAGCUGAAGACUGAAGAAAGUGUGUAUUCUCAAGUUAAAUGCCAAAUGUGAACGUGUCUAUGAGAAACUUUAGAUACACCUAUAGUACUGACCUCUUACAAUGAAAAUAAAUGAAUGCAAAUUCUCAGUUUCAUUGAAAGCAAUGUGUUUUUUGAGAAAAGACAAAAUCUCCUCGAUCCCAUCACUGUGAUAAAGCCUCACUUGAGAAAUAAACUUGUCAAGAAUUCUUCUUCAGAAUUCCUCUUGGCUACUAAUGAACCCGUGAAGCACAGUACAAAGCAUGUACUAAUGUGAACAAGCAGUUAGUAAUUUCUACUGUUCAGGAAAAAACAACGCUGACUAAAUGACAAGUUGUUUUUAG